AUUUGACUUUAUUAUGGUCAUAGACGCAAGGAGAAAAAGUUUCUGAAGCUCAGAAAUGUAGAAAAACGCUUUGCCCCGGACAACUUUGAGUGAAUUUAAGGCACUCCCCCAAACAUCUUAUCUGACCAGUUGAGUGUUGAACAUAACAUUUUUUAAUGCAAUGUGAUGAAAAAUUCAUAGGCGUAAGCCUCUCGCAUGCCAUUCGAGGCUUAAGGCUGCAAGCUUUCUCCACGGAAAUCAAUCAAAGGCGACUUUCACAGCCACUUCUCAGCAGGUGCCCACAAAAUUCAGGACUUCUACAAAGGUUUGACGCCAGGUUUCUAGAAGAAGAAAAGCACAAAAUCUUAGUUCAACCAUUAAAGAGAUUUGUGUUGGAACAUCUAAUGGCAUCAAAUAAAAGACUAAAAAUCCUUUGCAUCCAUGGGUACAGGCAAUCAGGACAAACAUUUAGAGAGAAGACAGGAUCCUUAAGGAAAUUACUGAAGAACCAUGCAGAGUUUGUGUACAUAACAGCUCCGCACAAGGUUCCGCCUGGAAAUCUUGGCAGUGCUGCUGCCUCUGAGAGCGAAGCCUCCUGUGAUACCCCCCAAGAAAAGAAUGAUGAGAACGGCUGGUGGUUUUCUAGAGAGGACGACUACUUUAAAUCCACAGAUUACAGCAAUAUUUCCAAGGGUUUCCAGGCUUCCGUUGAUAUGAUUAUUAGUGUUUUGGAAAACCCUCCUGAUGGGGGAUUCGAUGGCAUCUUAGGGUUCAGCCAGGGUGCCUGCCUGGUGUCAAUGCUUUGUUUGUUGCAGCAGAAAGAACAGAAAAACUGGUUUAAAUUUGCUGUGCUGGUAGCGGGUUUCAAAAGUAGGUCAUCGAAUCAUGACAUCUUCUACCUGCAUCAAGCUGCCAUUCCGUCAUUGCAUGUAUAUGGGGAGACUGACAGAAUAAUCUCUACAGAAAUGAGCCAAGAGCUGCUUCAAUACUUUGAGAAUCCCACCACGCUAAUACACUCAGGAGGGCAUUUUGUGCCUGCCUCUGGUCAACAAAAGAAAAUGUAUUUUGACUUCUUUGAUAAAAUGUUAACAGCUAGUUAACACAGGUGUUUUAUAAAUCCAAAGGCAUGAAGUAGACCAAUUGAGCAAUUAAUUUAUUUUAAAUUAAUAUAAUCAUUAAUCCAAUAACAACAUGAUAGAAAGAGGAUUUUACAGUUGACUGCUUUUAUUGCAAUAGAAUUUUACCAUAAUUUUAAAAUAACUUUUCUUUGAGAAGAGUUCUUCAUUCAGAACAAGAUCAUAAACUUGGCUAAUCUUAUGUUAGUGAAUACUAUACUAAAAUACUCUGAAAAUUAAAUAUAAAUCACUAUAAAUAAACAA